UUACUUACUAAAACAACAUCAAAACAUGAAUUAAAAUUUCUUUCUUUUCAACCGUAGAGCGCGUUUUCUGUAAAUUUGUUGUGCCCGUUUGUGAUUGGUUGUUUUGGGGGUGGGAUUUCAGGGGCCGAGCGCUCCCCGUAGUCACCGGAUUUUUCGAAACGCGUUUGUUUUCGUUUUCCAGAAAAAUAACUGACAAAGUCACAAAAGUCACCACGUUUCUUCUGUCGACAGGCUGUUCUGUCAGAAGAAUCGAUACAAAAUAAUUGCAUAUUUGCAUCUGUAUCGAACUUUGCUGAGUAUAUGUGUUCCGUGAAGUGGUAGGCAUUUUGACACUACGAUGGCAGUCGUGCAGAAUGGAAUUCCUGAUUACUACGAUCUGGGUGUUGAACAGCCGGAGAACGGCGAUGAUGUUGAACCUUAUUAUGAUGCCGAGCAGGAACCCAGCUCUUCCAACGAUGUCGAAGUGCUUGAACUGCCCGAAUUUGGUGGUGGAGAUCAUGACGAGCCAUUAUUUUCGCCGCCGCUCUAUAUUCAGCGUUACUGCUGCGUGGAAAAGUUGAUCGAUGAUUAUAACAAGCCAGGGACGGAUGAGGAGUUCAAGUCCUUGGUAGACAUUGGCUGUGCUGAACUGAAGUUCCUUUUGCGAGCAAAAAAUGGUAGAAUGUUUGAGCGAAUUGUUGGGUUGGACGUGGAUGAGUUUCUGGUUGGCAGCAGCUGCCGACGACUGCAGCCUAUGGUGUUCGAUAUGAUGAACACACGGGAUAGACCUCUUAAAGUGCACCUUUUUGUUGGCGAUGCCACUGUUCCAGAUCAACGCUUGGUGGCCGUCGAUGUUGUCACAGCUAUCGAACUAAUUGAACAUAUGGAAACUGAAACGCAUGAAGCUUUGGUACAAAAUGUUUUCGGACUCAUGCAGCCGAAACUGGCUAUUUUCACGACUCCCAACGUCGAGUACAAUCCGCUGUUUCCGGGUGGUAGUAUCGAGCAGCGCCGGCACUGGGAUCACCGUUUUGAGUGGACUCGAGCAGAGUUUCAGACAUGGGCGAAUUCGGUGGCGGAUCGCUUUCCAUAUACGGUUCUUUUUUCCGGAGCUGGAGAGGGCCCGGAUGGUACUUUGGAAUCACACGGUUACUGCUCUCAGAUUGCCACGUUUGUUCGUGAUGCUGGCGCUCCGCGGAACUGUCCAGAUGAUGUCGGUGUUGUGCACAAAUUAGUGCAAGACUAUACAUACCCAUGGGCGCCACCGAAAUCACUGCAAGAACAGUUGGUGGACAUUGUGGAUGCCGAAUGCUACACUUUGGCCAAAGAACUACAGGAUAUUGCAGAAUCGGAAAAUCGCUUCAAUGUGGAAUGGUUUACUUUUCCCGUUUCGGAGUUGUAUGCGACACGAUGGCGCUUGCAGGAUAUGUUAAAACCACCGAAUCAUUUACAGCCGAUUCGGGAUGCCCUGAUGCUAAAAAAUACCGACUGGAGAAUAUAUUCGCAAGAAAAGGAUGAAGUGUCCUAUAGGUUGAUCGGGCCGGAAAGCGACGAGCCGGAAAAUGACUUGGGCGCGCAAAAUCUGGUGGAUUUGCCAGUUGAGAAUGUCGCAGCUUGGGACUAAGAAAGUGUAUGUUUUGCGCGAUAUGAUAAGCAGGUUGCACGAGCUUUCUUGAGAUUUGUUUUUGUACAACAUAUUAUUCUAUUUUUCGGUGGCUUCAUUGCAUUUAACCUUAUGUUAUAAAUAAUUUGCUCAGUUAAUAGAUGCAGUCCAUUUUUGUUGAGUCGGAAUGGUUCCUCUAUUGUUGAUCUGGUAGAUGCGGUUAUUGUAGGUAGUAUUUAGGUACUGCCAUUAUGAUUAUGCCAUUAUGAUGUGAAAUUGAGCUCUGUUGUUAAAAUACAAUAUUGUUCUUUAGGAAUUAUGCAAUAACAAGGAUCUGUUCCGGUAAUUUUUGUUUUGAUGUUAUUAUGCGGCGUCGGCGCACUUUAGUGAAU